AUGCUCGUCACUUCCCUCGUCGGCCUUCUCAUCACCGCUGUCGGUGCCAUCGCUGCUCCCGGCAACGACGGCGGCAGCCGCCACCCCCCCAAGCAUCCUUCUCCCCCUUCCGUGGGCCCCGUCAACCAGAUCCAAUCCAUCACUUGCAACGGCGGUGGCCCCUACUGCUGCACCCCCGAGACCGACGGCAUUGUUGUCUGCUGCAACAGCCAGAACAACCAGGGCUCCACUUCUGUGCAGGCUUGCGCUGGCUUUGGUGGCGCCAAGGUCAUCUACAACUAA